CAUGACCGAUGGAAGCGCGCUCCCGACACUUCAGGUGAAUGGAGAGAGAGGGAAGAAGAGGAGCGGGUUACAGUUCACUGUGCGUCGCAUUAAAAAGGAACAAGUAGAGCAAAAAUGAGUUGCGUUACUUCGCUCGGGGCUCAUGUUUUUAUGACAACAUAUCUGUUCUUCGUGACGGGAUGCGUUGCACAGAAAGUGUACUUUGACUGUGGUGCCAAAGUGGAUGUGGUGGAUGUCCAAGGCCUCAUACUGUCCCCCGGUUUCCCCUACAACUACUCCUCUGGGACACACUGCGUCUGGCAGUUCUUUGUGCCUGUUGACUACCAACUCAUUCUGGAGAUAUUUGACUUUGAUGUGUUUGAAAGCCAUGACUCCACUGCACAGUACGCUGCUAUGCCUAAUUUUGAAGAGGACGAGACAAGUGAAGAGAUGUCAUACACUCCUGGCAGCUUUGCUGCCGAUGAAACUUCAUCAAUUAAAGAUCCCCCUCCUCAGAGUGAUGGGGACAUCUCAAAGACGCUGCAGUCCUCCCAAGAUGUUGAGGUCAAGCAAGUGGUGGUCCAGGAACAGUCCACAAAGAUGGAGAUUGCCAAGGUCUCCAACUCUGCCAGAAGGUCCACAGACACCUCUUCUGACCAAACUUCUCCACUUCCUCCUUCUCUUCUCCUCAUACCCGGGGAUCAGCCUCCUGGGGACAAGGCUGCUAACUCCGUGUCCUCCUCUCUCUCUAGGGGAGACCCAAACCCCAGCCCUAACACGGGCAUGGCUGUGGCGGAGACUACCCCUGCUCCAUCACGUCCCACCAACACUCCCACUGUGAACCCUGAAACCCAGCAGUCUGUGCUUGAUGCCUGCCCCCAUGACGUCCUCUACAUCUCUGAUCUCAUCACCUUUUCCUCCAGGUUCUGUGGGUCCAACCGGCCCCCCAGCAGCCAGCUGGUGUUUGGCUCCAGCCAGGAGAUGGUGGAGGUCAUCAUGGAGCUCAUCACCACUACCCACUGGGGGCGUGGCUUCGCUCUCCUCUUCCAUUACCACAAUCUGACCGAGCCAGGGGGGGACCGGCACGCCUUCGCUCCCCCAGCCAGCAAGGUAGACUCUCUCCUGGCUGCUGUGAGCGGAGCUGCCUUCUUCGCUAUGAUACUUACUAGCGCCCUCUGCGUCAUUUUCAGACCCAAACUAUGUCCAAAAAGAGCCAGCUCCUGCACAUCCAGCAACUCUGAGGUGCCAGAGGGGGUCCAGAGCACCAGGGCUGAAGUCAGCGAGCUGCAGCUGGUUGCUGCUAACCAGGCCGACGUGGAGGCAACCACAGAGCAGUGCAACAACCACAACCUGCCGCUCACAGUGAGUGCUGGUGGUGACCUUUCCCAAAAUGCGGAGCUGGAGCUUUCCUCCAGUGGAUUGACUGAGCUGGACCUUGGGACAGACGAGGUGUUCAUUGUAUCUUCAGCCCCUAGCCCGAGCAGGCAACCUUUCUCCUCUCAUACGCGGGACAGGUUUCUGCGGCACAGUGACACUGGUCCUAGUCCUGUAGGAGACUGGCCCACUCCAGGCCCUGCCGCCUCGCCUACCGACGCCAGGUCAACCAAGGACAGCAGUGGUGGCUGUGCCAGACCAAGAGCCUGGAGCGUACGCACCUUCCAGGACUUCCUGCCUCCUCUGCCACAGCUUCAUAAGAAGUGGUGCAGCUGGAACUCCACCAGUCCCUUCACCAAGCUAGUGGACAGCGCUCCAUCCAGCCUGGUGGCUGACUGCAGAGGGGAGGACAGCAGGAAGGUCUUCUCGGAUGUCCACCUGGAGGCCAAGGCAGAUAACAGCACCAUGUCAGACUCCUCUAUCAGCAAUGCCUCCUACCCUUUGGCUCUGCCCGCUCAGAGGCAGCGGCGUCUCAACUCCACCAGCAACCUGCGACGCUCCCGCUUCACAGGACCGUACUUCGGCCUGCUGUCUGGGACAGCAGACCCCGCCAAGACCUCUGGGGUCUCCCACGGCCAGGCUUCCCCUUCUGAGGCCAGCACCGGUUCCUCCUCCUCCGGCCAGCUUCAGGGUGAGAGCGCCCAGGCUGGGAAGAGGUGCGACUUCCCAGCUGAAGGCGACCACAUCAGCGUGCCGGUGUUCGCCAUCUCUGAGGAGGAGGAUCGGCAGCCUCUGGUCCUAGCUGAGCACCUGGGCCAAGCCUCUGCCUCCUCCGCGCUGAAUGGACUGGUUAGGGGAGCGAAUGAGGGAAAAGGGCCUGCCAUAGGAAGCACCGGCCGCAGCGCCCAGAGCAGCAGCCCCCACCUCCAGCGGGCCAACAGGCCAGAGUGGAGACCCUGGGGGACCCAGGUGUCCAGGGGUGCUAGUCCGCACCCCUCCACCGAGUCAAAGCCUGCCUUUGUGCAUAGCACAGUCAAUGACACCCACCCCUCCCUCAGCCAGUCAACAGUGCCGUGCAGUGUGAUUGGCAAGGAGAUGUGACCAGUCAGGCUUUAAGAUGAUGGGAAGAGCAGGGACUCUCUGGUUGGCCACUUAAGCAUUUGGGAACUCUGUUAGUGCCACUUUGUGAAAUAUAUAACCUACUUCUUUGAAUUCUGAAAUCAACUCUUGUAUGAAAUUAUAACUAUCUAUAGCUUCCUGCUGGCAAAUGAAUUGUCAUUGUAGUCAUUGUCUUUUUUUUUUUUUUUUAUAACACUGUCUUUGAACAAAGAUGGAAUAUCAUGCUGCUUACUAUGCCAAGGCAUUGACUGCUAUGGUUUUGUGUGUUAAAAAAUAUGGAUUGCAAAAAUGAAAAGCAUUAUUUUCUAAGUGAGUAUUCCAUGACUCCCCAACUCUUGUGAGCACUUUUUUUUUUAUCUGAUUGAUAUAUUAACCAGUUUGAUACAAUUCAAUGAGCUGUAAUAUCCCAACACACGCACUUUCUAUCCAAUAGCUCGUUGCAGUAAUUGUGCUGCCCUGUGCCAACUUCUAACUUAUGUCUUAACAUGGGAGCAUUACAGUGCAUUACAGCACAGGCUAAUACAUGCUUAUAGUAUGAACUUAUUACCCACAAGUGUUCAGCAGAGCAUAGAUCAUACAUUAAUAUGAAUUGCUGCGACAGUGUAUACCUAUGUAUUCCUAAGGCCAAUACUGGAUUAUAAAAGGGAAAUCAUAAUUGUCUAAAAGCAGUUACUAAUAUACAGUAUUAGGAUUAAGGUUAGUAUGAAGAGAUACUAGCAAUCAUUGUACUUUAAAAGGGGUUGGUUGGGACUUAAAGUUUUAAUAAAGGCUAUGUCAUCUA